AUGAAUGAGACUAUUCUUGGCCGCAUGUUGUCGAGGGGCGGGUGGACCUCGAGCAUCAAUAGCAUACUUGGCCAUCAAGCUUCCAGCAACACGGACAAGCCGGUGCCAAGUCGAGCGUCUGUCAUGUCCAAAUGGCUCACGAGAGAAUGCACUCUCGGCCCGCGUCACAACGGGAGCAAGCCCGCUUUCGUCGAAAUCGGCCAGACGCACUUCAUCGGCGGUUCUCCGAUAUCUACCAGCGACGAACGAAACAUUGUCUACACCGCAAGUAUGUGCGGUCGAUACUUGAUGGUCACUCACGGAUGCACCAUCCUGGUCUAUGAGCUGCAUCACCAGUGUGAAGAGAGCUUCUCGCGUCCAUGGCCCAUAUCUUCUUGGAAGGAGCACUCGAAUUAUCGCAAGAGUCGCAAGGGCCAACUUCGACUUAUCACUGCCAUUACCUGCGGAUCUCCUGUACUUGCCUGCGCCAUGGACACGACAUGGGCACGCAACCAUGUUGCUGUGCUCGUCCAAGGCCGUCUUGGCCUUGUCUUCGAAAUCCAAGGGUUACCCGUAUUGCCCAUCAAGUACUCAACCCAAAACAAACUGUGUAACUGUGACACCCGGCAAGUAUCGCACUCCCUGCCUUUGCAGGCAAAGCUACAAUCCACACACUACAACGUGGGCACGGCCGACUGUCCUCCUCGCUCCGUCGCCAUUUGCCCUCAUCGUUCUUACGUCGCCUUUGGCAGCUCUUCGGCUCUCGAGAUACAUAACAAUGAUAGAAGUGCAAAGCAAAAUGCCCGCCGCUUCGCUUUGUCCACACCCAGCGACUACAUCUAUUUCCUUCCUCCGGGUGACGCAAACGACCCAAGACGCAAACUUCGCCUGAUCAGCGCCGCGUCAAUCUCAGACUGCCACGCCGGCUCGCUGCAAGACGUAUUGGGUGGUCUUGGCUUCAAUGAAAUCGACUUUACCCCCCAGGUCCCGGUUAUCAUCUCACGACUUGAGACGUCUGAACUAGAGGAAGACGCUUCGAACGUCUAUACCAUCAUGGAGCAGCAGUUGUCCGCCUCCCUCGGUCCCUUUGCCAAUCAAAGAAGCCAGUGGACAAGAACGGGAAGAGUCCUCCCAAGGCCUAGAUUAUCCACUGCCGACAACUAUCGAGCCGUGCCCUUGAGCGACGGGUCUCACAUCCUUUUUACAGACCCCAAGACUAGGUACCUGAGCCUGGUUUGUGAUGAUUCCAAAUGGUCGAGGGCUGGCAUUGUGACCAAGGUGAAAUUUUGUCCACCAGCGGCAGCAUGCGAAAGUGCGCCGCUCAUGUAUGCCGUUGGGAGGGACUUGGUACAUGGUGUGAGAAUUGCUGCCGUUUUCUCAACAACACGGUGGACGGAAGGAGAAAGGUUCCAACCAGGGGAGCAAAUUCUCGCUUUCUACACCAUCCCACCAGAUAUGUUCCGAGAUCUCUCAAACACUAACAGCCUCCUGAGUUUGGUCGACAGCCAAGGGGAACAUCAAUGGGCUCAUUGGUGGCCGACAUUGCAGCAUACAGUUCAACAAUUUCUCAAAGCCAAGAACGGCGGAUUGAACAGCAAGGACAACCAGAACCCAAGGCCAAAGUUUCCAAUUGAUGUCUACGGCCAAGUCGUUGCCGUUUGCUCCGGCAUCGUCAACCUUUCGAUGGGAUUAGGCCCUGAUAUGAUGAUCUGGGCAUUUGGAAGAGAGGGCUUGGCUCGUUGCUGGGCAUUGAACACGGGAAACACCAAGCUCGUGCGAAGGCAUGCAAUCUUGGGUGACGGAAGCAUGCGAAAGGUGGACGGCGAUGGGGAUUUGACGAUGUUGUAG